AUGCCAAGGUCAUGUUUGACUAUUUCGGACAAAAAAUGGCUCCAAUUAUGCGGCAGCUGUUGGGCUUUUAGUGCUGCUGGAGCAUUAGAAGGUAAACACAGAAUCGACUGCAGUUCAAAAUGUGGAAAUUAUGGUUGUAUGGGACUUAUGGACCAAAACUAUCAAAAUCAUUCAGUUCAAUAUCGUUUAGCUGCUAAUGCAGUAAACACGGGGUUAAUGAAAGAUCGUUUAGUCACUAAAGCUGGUCAAAUCAAUGUUCAUUGCGGUUAUAAUAUUAUCAACUAA